AUGAGAAACAGCUGAGACACACCCGUAACAAUUGAAUCGUUUAACCCGAUUUUAUUAGCGGGUUACGCGAGCGGGAAACUCGCCAGAAAGAGCGAUCGCGUUUUAUAGUCCGAUCGGACGCGUAGAAUCGUAUCCCACCGCGGAUUACACCGAUAAAAAAAAAUGCAUAUCUGCUGAACACAUUCUCGCAAAGUACAUUUGCUUUUCUAUCCAAAGUGAACGCACGGUCGGAUACUUGGCGCAAUUAGUUCUGUUCGAGAGCAACAAGGAGCAUCUGACGGAGAACGAGCUACCUAAAUCGACUGGGGUUUCUAUUUUCGUCCUGAGAGAAGCGGGACGAACUUCAUCACGUCGAGCACAGUCGUCUCUUCAGCUCGUCGCGUCGGAUAUGCCCACUAGUGACCGGGAUCAUGACAAGAUCGCCACGACGACCGGUGAGAGCCCGAAGCCCUUCUUGCGUUACAUCCGGUAGUGUUAACCCAAUAUACUUCGAAGUCGAAGUAAUUCUGCAUAGUGAGUUAACGAAGUGGAGUACAUAGGAGCAAAUGAGAGUCAUCCCACGAGUUCCUAUCCAGAUUACCGAACAAAACGAUAUGCGGACAUAGUUAUCGCAAAUUGUAUGUAUAAUGUGUUAUGCAUGAAUUUUAGACGAGUUUCAUGUAUUAUAAGUAUCUAAUUGUAAGUACAAGCAGACAUUUUAAUAUCUAUUUUCUCAAUGACAUAUACUAGAUAAGUCACGUUCUCGCCGGCAACUUUGUGGUGGUGUGUAGCAUAUCGUAAUUAUUUUCAAAAAAAACUACUGAAUACGAUCCUUCGUUUUCUUCUUUCUUCGUCUUAUCUGUAACCAGAUGGUACUUUCUGCACAUAGCACUAACGAACCCGCCGAUUUCGAUAGAGCCAUCUCUACGACCGGCUAUGGGUUAUUUAAUGUAUUGCUGCUACUGGCGGUGUUGCCAAUCGCGUGGACCGCCACUUUUGACACCACUUCCGGCGCAUUUAUCUUGGCAUCGGCCGAAUGCGAUCUCCAACUCAUCACGUUCUUUCGCAAAGGUGUACUAGUUGCAUUUCCUUACAUAGCUAUGAUAACAACGGGUUUUAUAUGGGACUACAUAACGCCCUACAUAAGUAUGAAAACACUGUUCAUACUCGCAUUAUUCGGUGAUUCGAUUUUGAACAUUGUAAGCAGUGGUGUACAAUCAUACUAUGCAUUUCUACUAGUCAAAUUUAUCAGCGGAAUCUUCGUAGGCGGUCCAUUGGCGAUGGUGAUGACGUAUCUAACGGAAUUUCAUUCCGCGAAGUACAAGCCCCGCUUCACCACAUGGACGGGAUUUCUCUUCGCGGUAGCGAACAUCGUACCAGCAGCUCUGGGUUUCACGAUACUACCGUUGGACUGGCACAUCGGCAUUCUUGGCCAAGAUUACGGCUCUUGGCGUAUAUACCUACUGAUCUGCUCAAUACCACCCGUCGUCGGCCUCGUGACGGCGACCAUGUUGCCGGAAAGCCCUAAGUAUCUCAUGGCAAUUGGCAGGUCAGAUGCUGCUCUGAAAUUGCUUAGAAGGAUGUAUUGUAUGAACACUAGGCAACCUGCGGAUACGUUCCCGAUAAAAGCGUUGUUCGUUCGGCAAAAGACGCAAUUGGCGCGUUCCGUGCUCGAUACGAGCCUCGAGAGGAUGCGCAUCUCGCUGUACAACACGAAGGUACUACUGACGACGACGGCCUACCUGCCCGCCUUCUGCUUCGUAAGUUUUCUCCAAUUUGGAAGUAUGCUCGGAUUCAACACGAUGAGGCUGUGGGUGCCGCAUCUCUUUAUCAUUCUCAACAACUUCGACGCGGAGAAAUGGACACCGGAGGAAAGGCAGCCGACCAUAUGUGAGAUGCUGGACCGUCGCGCGGCUUUACCGGGCAGGCAAUAUCUGAAUUGCUCGAACUUUGACGACGCGUGUUUCAGGUGGACUAUCAAUCCCUCGGUUUAUCAAAAUUCCACCAUCAUCGCAUCGUCAGCCGUUUUAUUCUCAUUUCUCGCCGGAUUUAUAAUGACUACCAAGCUUCGAAAACAGAUCAUAAUGCUCACGGCCCUCCUGAUAUCGGUGGCAAGCAGUUUCGGAAUAAAUUGGGCGCAGUCUCCGCCGUAUAUGCUGACGCUGGCGGCGGCGGUUAUCGUGACGACAAGAAUAGCGGGUAAUAUCGUUACCGCGGUGAAUGUCGACGUUAUUCCCGUCCCAUUAAGAGCCACAAGCACCAGCAUCCUCGUAAUCAUUGGAAAUAUUGCCGCUAUCGUGGGAAAUCUGAUUUUCUCCGCGCUUCUAGAUACCAAAUGCAUCAUCGCGUUCAUGGGAUUAGGUUGUUUUUUCUCCGUCUGCUUCUGCGUAUCUCUAUUCUUUCCGCAACCCGUGAAAGAAUUGCCAGCGAAACCUGCUGAAGUUAGCGAAAUAUCGAAAGCGUGAAGAAUGCAACACACAAAUACUUCGAAAUCAUCCGCAUAUCCACAGAAUUGUAAAUGUUCAAUUAAAUGUGUAGUUACUUGGAAAAGCUCUCGGUUGCUCUAGGCUGUGAUAUUUAUUAUCGAAGAAAGAAUUUAGGAAAAUAUAGUAACAAAUUCAACGUUAAAUAAAUCUGCCUCUCUUUCUUUCUUGUCGAAAGUAGAUGUAAUAUAAUUUUUUAUAGAACUUUACGACUGUCUCUUCUUUUAUCCUUUCCCGAUACUUCUUAGCCGAACAACGCAAUAUUUAAUGACUUACAAUAAAA